CCAGCCGGGUGGUCUACUUGCUCUAUGAUCAGUGUAACGCUUAGUAAUUGAUUGUUUACAUUCGUUCAUCUAUUUUUCAACGCAUUUAUAUACAGUGCCAAGUGAAAUUUCGUUCAAUACGUAUAAAUAAACUAAUUUAAAAACAAAAAAAUGUGUUAAUUGUGCUGUGAUUUGCGACACGUUAAGAGUUGAAAUGCAUCGUCCGGUGUAGUGUUCUGUUUUGGUUACUGUGUAUUCAAGCAAGAUGCUGGGUUACAGGGGUACUAUGUGUAACCGGCAGCACUCCCAGGCUUGCUUGAACACGUCGCUGUCGAUAAGACAGGAGAUACAGAGGUUCGAGAGUGUUCAUCCGUCGAUCUACGCUCUCUACGACCUUGUCGAGUUUGUACCAGAUCCGCUGCUCGCACAGCAGAUACGAGACCACGUUGUGGCUAUUGAAGAUUCAUUUGUCAAUAGUCAAGAAUGGACAGCUUCAAGGGGUGUCACAGAAAUCCGUAUUGGCGUUCUGGGAUCACCAGACAGUGGCAAAUCAGCUCUGGUACACCGGUACUUGACUGGAUCUUAUAUGCAAGAGGAAAGUCCUGAAGGUGGUCGUUUCAAGAAAGAAGUAAUUAUCGACGGACACAGCUACCUCCUACUUAUAAGGGAUGAAGGGGGCCCACCGGAAAUGCAGUUCACUGCCUGGGUAGACGCCGUAAUCUUCGUAUUUGCCCUAGAAAACGAAGUUAGCUACAAUACGAUUUCGACAUACUUCAACAAGAUGUCUCAUUAUAGAAACUCUGCCGAAAUUCCUAUUAUACUAGUUGGGACGCAAGAUUCCAUUAGUGAAAGCACUCCGCGUGUCGUUGAUGAUAAUCGUGCUCGCAAACUAUCAAAUGAACUACGAAGAUGUACUUACUAUGAAACGUGCGCAACAUACGGGCUUAACGUCGACCGUGUUUUUCAGGAUGCAUGCCAAAGGAUUGUCGGUACGAGACUUUCUGCUUCAUCACAAUGUUUGUCUGGAUCGCGACCGGUUACUCCGCAGCCGCUGGCAAACUCACCAAGCCAUAACCAUUCAACAUUCCUAUAUAAGGAUUCCCUUCCACGAAGUCAUCACACACUUUCAGCAUCAUCACAUCAUUUGCACAGAGGAGCAUCUUCUUUUGAUGCAUCAUCAAACAGCAGUGGUAUAUCUUCCACACAUGUUGUAGAAAUCCAUAGCACAAAUGGUUCAGAUACAUCGUCAAGAUGGGGUAAUUCCCUUGGAAGUCAUGAUUCAACUACAGGACUAAUUUCAAUAACAACUGAAAAUAAUAAUGUAAAGUUUACAGCACCACAUUGCUUAGAUAAUUUGCAGCCUCCAAAGGAUUGUAAAGAUCUGCCAACACCUUUAUCUACACCCACAACAUCUAGAAAAUCAAGAAGAAGAUCCAAUUUGUUUACUCCAUCGAAGAAAGGUGAUGAGAGGUUUAAAAAUGGAGAGCUGGGAUCUGGUAGAGCAAUUCCUUUGAAACAGGGUUAUUUGUACAAAAAAAGUAGUAAGGCAUUGAAUAAGGAAUGGAAAAAGAAGUAUGUAACAUUAUGUGAUGACGGAAGACUGACAUAUCAUUCUAGUUUGCAUGACUAUAUGGAAGAUGUUAAUGGUAAAGAAAUUGCACUGCAAUAUGUCACUGUGAAGGUGCCUGGACAAAAGCCAAGAGGUUCCAAGUCAAUAAUAACAACAGUUCCUGGAUACAAUGGUUACACAAGUGUUGAUAUACAUAAUAGCAUAGGAGGACUUUCUCUGGGCUAUAAAGACAAACCAACACGAGCAACAGAUAAAGCCUUGAUGUCAGCAUUUGAUGCAAUGAAAGAGCCGGCCUCGAGUAGACAGUCGUUAGCUUCAGAGGCAGACGUUGCUACAAAUGGAACAGACAAAGACACACCUCAUGUUAAGAAACGGCACAGAAGAAUGAAGAGUAGUGGUGUUAAAAAGGAUGAAGAAGAUGGUGAAAGUGCAUCGCCAAGUGAGUUCACGAUAGUGAGCCUGGAUGGCAAGCGGUGGAGGUGGGAGGUUUGCGGUGGGACGAGCGCUGCAGCGGCCGCGGCAGAGCGAGACUCCUGGGUCGCCGCUGUCGAGGCACAGAUACUGGCCUCCCUUCAGGGGCGGACAUCAAGGCAGCCAGUCCCAACAGGAGCAAACACAACGGGAGAUGUUCGUGCCACGAUAUAUAUAAGGAGGGUAAAAGGAAAUGACAAAUGCUGCGACUGUGGAGCAUCAGAUCCAGAUUGGGCAAGUCUCAACUUAGGUGUGUUAAUAUGUAUAGAGUGUUCUGGAAUACACAGGAACCUUGGAUCACACAUUUCCAGAGUUCGCUCUCUUGAUCUGGAUGAAUGGCCAUUAGGACACGUGAGUGUUAUGGUGACAAUGGGUAACACACUGGCUAACUCAAUAUGGGAAGCGGAUCUACGUGGCAAUAUAAAACCUAUUGUGACUAGCAGUCGGGAAGAUAAGGAAAGGUGGAUACGGUUGAAGUACGAGCGGCGGGCGUUUCUGUCGAGCGCCGAUCUCAACGGCAAGACGAGCGGGGUCGGUGAGGCUCUGAAGACGGCGUGUGUGCGGGGCGACCUGCGGACUGCCGGGCGGCUGUUGGCAGCCAGCCCGGCCCGCGCGCCCUCGCCCACUGCCCGCUCGCUGGCACUGCGGGCCGCCAGCGCCGCGGGGGACCUGCCCGCCGCGCAGCUGCUGAUAUGGCACAAUGGCAACCCUAACUUCCCGGACGCGGACGGCCACUCGUGUUUGUUCUACGCGCGAGCUGCCGCCAACCACUUGUCGGGUAUACCCAUUCAAUACCCGAAAAACUUACAGAUCACCUGCCCCUUACACCCAAACCCACCUACAGCUGGCUCGGGAGCCAACUCCACCAGUUCCAGCUCUAGUGCAAAGAGCAAGAAUCCCGAGCCGGAAUGCAAUUGUAUUAUAUUCGAACUGUUAAAUGCACAGAAUGCGUCGAACGCAUUAGUCGACAUUUUGAUAGGGCUGCAGAAUAACCAGUACAUGAAUAACGGCUUCGAUCUAGCUAUGGGAGGUUUCUCCACCCUCGGACGACCCUCUCUAGGACCGAACCUCUCAUUAACCAACGGCAAAUGUGGGAGUAUUGUUUAGUCUUGUGUCAAUUACGACUCUGAAUUGCAUAAUAAUAAUUGUUUAAUUGAAAGUUCUAAUCAUCACAAUUUUAAUAUAUUUAGUCUUAGAUCAUUUAUACGUGACAAGUGUGAAAACGUCGAAAAAAAAUUAUAACGGUUAACCCAUAGUGUUAAACAAAUCGCGAGAGUAAGACGUAGCUUGUCACUCAAGUAAUAAAUGUGGCCUGUUUACAUCGGCUGUCUAGCCGCAAGAGGUUCUAUCUGGACGUAUAAAUUAUCUAAGUCUGUAGUAUUUUGAGGUGUGAGUUAAAUUUUUGAAUGUUGAAUAAUUAUGUAGUUACCAAACACCGAGUAUACAGUUUUAGUGAUAUUAUGAAUUAAGUAAUGAACUAUGAAGAUUGUUUGUGCUUUCGUUAAAAUCUCAUCUAGUUUUAGUAUGAAAUAUCAGAAAUCGCUCCUAACGGAUGCUUUUGGAACAAAUUUUUAUUACAACCAGUUAUGCUAGAAUGUACAAACAGAAUUUAUAUAAGGUCUCACAGUCUCAUUUAAUACUACUAAUAUAAUAAUCUCCAUAGCAUGCUUUAAAAAGUUUUCACUUAAAAAAUGUGUUUUUUUUUUUAACUUUUUACAAAGAUAAUAAUUAACAAAUCUGAGACUAGAUAAAGAAUGUAAACAAUUUGUUAUGUUUUUAAAGUGAUAACCCUCACUUCUGGGAUUAAUGAAAAAUAAAAUUUGAAAACAAAAUUUUAUGAACGAUUCGCGACUCGAACCCACGACCUCUCGCGUUCGAUACUCUCAGGUUUUGUGGGUUGUGAGAGUUGAACAAAGCAUACAAGAUUUUAUGACGAUACGUCACUUGCACGGAACGUUUUUGCGUUCCGUGGGUUCGAUUACUACAUCGUUCAUAAAAUUUUGUUUUUGUAAACAAAGUUUCAGGACAGCAAAACAUUUUUAUUUGAAUAAAUUUUAUACAAAUUUUGGAUUCCCUAUUCUUAUCACUGUCGUCUCAAUGUUUCGCCGGAAGUGUCCGAAUCAGCCGUAUUUAAUGACAAUUUAACUCAGUAACGGUCGGUUUGUUUACAAUCUUUAUCUUGUCUCGUUGGCCUAUAUAUAGUAUACCUAUACAGUUUUCCUGUAUUAUAUCAACAAUACUAAACAUUUGAUAUUACAGCUGAAUUGUUUCUUCUAUAUUCUAUAAAAAAAUUGGUGUUUAUUAUUAAAUUACAAAAAAUUUAAGAGUUUGUUCAUUAUGGCAUAACUGGGUGCUUUCAUCACGUCGCUAAAUAGAAAGAAAAAAACGUAGAUACGCGCAUGUACAAUAACAUCACACGUUUAUAAUCACAGCAAAAUGUUAUAAUAAUAUUUCACAAAUCAUUUUGAAUUAAAUACUUUCGGUGCUUGAUAUUUUGUUAAUUAUAUUGAUAUACGUAAGUAUAUGUAAAUAUACUACUGUAAAUAUACUCUAAUAUAAUGAGAAUUUUUAGUUACUUUGAGUUUCUUCAAUGAUGUACUUAAGUUUCUUUAAUUAAAUAUUUGUUUCUAUUUAAUUCAUCUAUUGAAAUUUAAUUAGGAAGGUACUUGAAGUUAUAUAGCCGCGUUAAAUAUGUCACCUCACAGAUGACGUAUAGACCAACAGCGAUUCAGUAGUGAUUUAGUAUCAAAUUAGAACAGCGUAUAGCAACAUAAUUUAAAUCGGCUUUACUGACUGUGCAUCGGAGUUGGUAUCCACUAGUUAUGGACCAUUCAGAGGUCCUUUUUUAUGAAAAUAAGGGAAGGGACGAGCAGGAUGUUCAGCUGAUGUAAUUGAUACUCCCUGCCCAUUAUAAUGCAGUGCCGUUCAGGAUUAUUGAAAAACCUAAAAAUUCUGAGCGGCUUUACAAUUGCGCUCGUCACCUGGAGACAUAAGUUGUCAAGUCUCAUUUGCCCAGUAAUUUCAGUUGCUACGGCGCCCUUCAGACCGAAACACAGUAAUGUUUACACAUUACUGCUUCUCGGCAGAAAUAGGCGCCGUUGUGGUACCCAUAAUCUAGCCGGCAUCCGGUGCAAAGGAGCCUCCCACUGGUCCUUCAUCAGGGUGAGUAUAGCAGGUUCGUUAUUACGUCUCGUCUCAUACGGCAGAUUUGCGCUCGUAGUGCGCGGCUUGACAGGGCGGGGGGCGAGAUGUAAUCGCGAAACCACUACACUCACCCUUUUUUAUGACAAUAAGGGACGAGACGAGCUGAUGCUAAUUGCUCCACCCUGCCUAGUGCCGCUCAGGAUUCUUGAAAAAACUUAAAUUCUGAGCGGCACUACUUAUCACAUACUAAAUGUAUGGGAGUGUUAAAUUUUAGAUACUUCUAAUUUGAAUUUUAAACAGUAAUAAUAAUAAUAUGUAUAUGUCUGACAGAGGUUUUAGCAAGGAAUUAGUACUUAUAACAUUUUUAGUACCUUCUCAUGUAGAUUUCUAUGAUGUUAUCGAAUAUUUUUAUUGAUUGGUCAUUGAGUUUAUUUAAUUUUACACAUGAAAUAAAAAUUAAGCAGAUUAAGAUCCUUUGCACUGAAAAAUUAAAUCCGCGCUCGAAUUAGCUAGUGUAUUAUAACGUAUAGGUUACAGAGAUAUCAUUAUAAAGUAAAAUUUAAAGGGUGUUUAGGUAACGGCUAUGAAGUGCAGUUUGCACGUUUCGACUUCAGUUAUUCAAUCUGUUCACCAUCAAAGAAUAUUUAAAUAAAACCAUAAGGGUGAUCAUUCCCCUGUUCAAUAUAAAUACUUAAAUAAACAAACAGAGAUACAACAGUAUAUAUAUAUAUAUAUAUAUAUAUUGUGUAGAUUAGUAAAUUUUAAUGAGUUACAAAUAAUAGAUUAGGUAAAUUAUUGAAUUAGUAUAAAAGAUCUCAGCUCAAUGCUAUUUGUAGGUUAAAUUUAGAGUAACUUAUGUGUAGUAUAGGACUUUGUUCGAUUAACGCGAGUUUUAAACGUUAUAGUAAAAAUUAUUACAUUAAUUUACUUAAAUGCAAAUUUUAACUAAAUAUUAACAUUAAUUAUUCCAAUGUUUCGAAUAGUUUGCAGCUAGCGUGGUCACGGACGUCUGGCGUUAAGAGUAUUCGAGAGCACGGAAUGAAAAAUAUAAGUGGAAAUUGCCUUAAACUUCCUUACUUACCUUACUUUAAACUUACCAGUGUCGCAAACUCACACAAAAAGAAGUGAGAGUUGUAGAGACUGCGGAUGGAAGUGAAAACUUAGAAAUUUUAGUAAUAAAAUUGGAAAUUUCUUAAUGUUGAAAAACAAAUUAUUUCAUAUAUAUCUCAUUGAUCUUUUUACUAAAGCAAUUCAAUUUCACUUAUAAGAUAUACACAGCACUAAUGUUGCACAAUACCUCAGCUGUAUAGCUACAGAUAUACUGCUAUAAGCAUUUCGGUGGCGCGAACUCACGAGAUUUCACCGAUCCAAAAGCGUCUAACUUUACAUAUUUAUAGUUUAAAUUAAUUAUUUAUCGCGUGCGCCAUUCAUGAGCAUGUCGGUGACGUGACCCCAUAAGAUUUACGCAGCUAAAUAAGUUUUCACUUCAAAAAUGUAAAAAUUGCACAAUGAGAUAUCAUAUCGCCAAAAAUAACUAAUCGCGACUCGCAUAAUCAAUAAUAAUGUGACGUACGAAAUCUGUGUGGCAAUUCCACUAUUUGUAUUAUAUAUAUAUUCCGUGCUCGAGAUAUUACUUGUCCAAAUUGUUGAACAUCUAUCUGUUACCUGUCACUUCUGAGGUGCUAGUAAUGUCAACCUCGGUCGCUGCGAACACGAUAAUUCCGAACUUAAGAAUAUUGAAAGUUGGAAUAUAUAAAUAAUGUUAAAAUUCAGUUAUUAUUUUAUUUUCAAUUUAAUAACACACUUUUUAAUUAUUUUACAUAUUAUUCACCGUUUUUAUGUGUGUUUGUCUGUUUAUCUAGGGCGUUUAGUAUGGUUUAUACUUAAUUCUAAUUAAUUAAAUUAAAAUUGUGACAUUCUUCACAAGAAAUCGCAAUACCCGACAAGAAAUUAUUAAAAUUCUAGUGAUAUUAUUGUAGAUGAAUUUCUUACAAAACAAUUAUGUAUAUAUCAUAAAUAAUAUGGACUAUUGUCACCGAAUACUGGCACAAAAAAUGUUACAGUGACGUGUUAACAUCUGAUUGGAUAAAAUAACAAUAAUGUUCAUAUACUAGAAUUGUCAGAGAUAAAAACGUAGAAAUAAUCGUCUUCAAUUUUAUAGUUCAAAUAUAGUUCUUUAUGAAAAAUGUCGGCAAAUAUUUAUGUAGCAACCAACUACGCGCGCAAUUCAUUUCAUCAUUAUUUUAAAGUGUAAAUAGCAUCUCUUUACAAAACUCUUCUUUUCUUCUUCAACAUUCCAAUAAUUAUUAGUUUUGUAUUUAUUUUGACCCGAGUUUUAAAUGUGAUAUACUUACCGCGGUAUUCAUAUAAACGAAAUGACAGUCCACAGGAAGACGUCAUUAGAAUUUAUACGAAUACGGCCUUAGGGUUUUCCCGAUGUAAGCCAAAUGUACUGAACCCUUCUGUGCCUACUAUAGGUAGUAUGCUUUUAUAUCUUAGAUUUAGCAUCAUAUAAAAUCGUAGUUUUAUAUUUGUCAAUAGGUACUAUGGAUAGAUAAAUCGCGGGAUUUAAACUUCUUUCACAAUUAAUAAAAUGAUAUAUUAUUACUGAGUACAUGGGGUGAAUUUUAUGCAUGAUGUAAGUUGCCUAUGUAAAAUGCGACAGUAUGAAAUUAGGCCGUAGUCAAUGUUGCUGUUUAACACUGCUGAAAAAAGAGCUAUUUGAACCAAGUCGGGGAGACUAGACAUAAAAUUGCAAUCAAUAGGUCGCUGGUUCAGAUCCGGCUCGAAGGACCAAUGUCCGGGGCUGGGGUAAAUUUUAUUAAUGUUAGCUACAAUGGUGGGAUGAUUUUCUAUUGAAAAAUAGGAUUAGAGAUUGAAUUCAUUGUUUGUGUAAGGAUUAUAAGCGAAUGAACUUGUUCUACAUCUGUAGGCUACGGCUAAGGCCUUGUUCCUAUUUAACGAACAAGAACGAAACCGAGCGUAGGAUCUUCUUUCUCUUUUACUCGUCUUCGGUGAAAUUUCGUUGAUUAUCUUUUUUUCCCCGUGACGUCACCUGAACUGGACAUUAGAAUUAAAUAGUUACUGUUGUGCAUUUAGUUUCAUAAUUAAGGAUAGACAAAUAUAGCUUCCCGGUGUCAAGGCUUGGAGCCGGUUUUAAAUUUAACGGUUAUUACCGGUGAAAAUCGGUUUUUAAAUAUUGUAUGGUUCGUAGUGUACCUACGAAACAAAAAAUACCUCUGCCUUUAUUAGUUGUUUAUAAGCCUAACAAAAAGUAGACCCGUACGCUCAUUGUUGCGAUGUUUUAAAACUAUUAUUAGGUAAAUGUAUCAUAAAAAUUUAAACUAAAGUCUAAAACACUACUCGGCGAUAAAAACUGUUUUAAACCGGUUUAUAUUAUGCCAUUCAGAAACCGUUAUAUUUUGGUUAAAAAAGAACAAAACUGAACAAAAGCAUUUCUCUGUUCUUAACGUUAACCGGUUUUUUGUCGGUUUCCAAGCCUUGUACUAUGUAUCGAAAAACCCAAUCCAAAUUCAACAUAUUUUCUCAUAUUUUAUAGUUAUUAGUAGACAAUUUAAAUGCGUCUACUGAUCUCACCCAGAUAUCGAGUGAAAUAUUGUAAUUAGGUGUAAUUUAUCGAUUGAAAAAAAAACCGUAUGCAGUAUUUAAAAAAAAAAUUGUACAGUAAUUAUGAUUUUGAUGUAACAUUUUAUUUGUAUAUUUGACAUUAUAUUUUAUGAAGUAAUUUUGUUAAAAGUUUAUUUAUAUGUUUAAUUUCGUUACCCAGAAUAAUAUUGUGCUUAUAUUUUUAAAUGGCAUUGUUUUCUAUUUUAUUUUGUACCUAUUGUAUAGGCCAAAGAGCUUGAAUGUAAAUAGUCACGCACGUUGUCAGUAAUGUUGUAACUUGAACUUCGUUAUUGUAAUAAUUAAGAGAUUUGUUGAUGUUCUUGAUCUUGUGGAAAUAAAGUGGAGUUUGACACGA